AUGAAUCCGUGCACUCGAGGAUUGUUGAGAAGCCAAAUUCGAAAGAAAAAGAUGAUUCCCGGCUCUUUUGUUACCGACGUUUGCCUCCACUGUUUCUGCUCGAAUUGUGCGAUGAUUCAGGAAGCCAAAGAGCUCAAUUCGAUGGACCGACUUUUGAAUGGAAACUCGAUCGCUCCUGCUGAAAAAACCAUCGCGCGAACUUGA